GUGAAUGUUUGCAGGGUGUAUUUAACAUGCCUAUAAUGUUUAUUUUGUUUUCAGCACGAUCGGUGGCUUUAUUCAUCAGUUUACGAUAAGUGGCCUUUUUGGUUAACGAUAUAAUGUUUGUAAAAAUACAGAUUUUCAGUAGGCCUACACUCACGUUUCCAUCGUCGUCGCAUUUAAAGGAUCAUUAAACGUAGACUGUAAUGAUCCGGUGCAAACGUUUCUUCACACGUUUAGUGUGGUAACUUUAUUCAGUUUAUUUUUUCAGCACGACCUCUUCCGACCCUAUCUAGCAACAUGCUUUCUUCUGAAGCCAAUGUUAUUGGAUUUAGGGCAGAAACAUUGUCUCUCAAAAUAACAUAAAAGAUAGAAGAAACUUGGGCAUAAUGUAUAGCGAGAAAUGGGCAACACUGGGAAGAUAAACACAGCGAGUGAUAUGCCAGAAACAAUACUUUUAGAAAGUAAAAAGUAUAGAAAAGUAUAAUAUUAAUUAUUAUGCGGCAACUGGUGCAUAUGGAUUUACCCUUUUCAUUUAUUUUAAUUUACUCUAUAAAGCAAGCAAGCAGCAAUUGAGGACGGUAAAGUAUUCAGUAAAAAAAAUAAUUGUUAAGAGGUUUGUUAUAAUUUUUAAAAACGUAUUACAUCAAAUUACGUAAAUAGCGCUAACGGGAAGUCAUCACUGCCAGAGUAUGUAACAUACCCCGUUAAAAAAUACUCCACAAAAUGUAGCCUUAGCUCGGCCAGUCAGGGCUCAUUCUGUGAUAAGCGUGUAAAAGCUUUGAUUAAUAACCUUUUAAAAGGCGGGGACGACGUGUGUCCCACAGAUUAUUCCUGAGGUACACUCGCAAUGAUACUUGGAAAUGUAUGCACUGUGCAUCCCAUGAAACAAAACCAACACAACACACAAUAGUAUACAGUUACCUUACAGGUGUACAUCUGUGUAUUGAAAUAAUAGUAUACAGUUACCUUACAGGUGUACAUCUGUGUAGAGAAAUUAGUAUUUUGAGCAGUAAUGUUCAGAAAUUCUAAAUCUUAUAUUUGUGACUUUUUUUUUUUUAAUAACUAUCUAGCCCGCAUUCCCAGUUAUAUUAUUAUUCUCAUCUGGAUGUAUCCGUCCUGGAUCAUUUUCCUAGCAUAGUACAACAAAGAAGAUUAGAAUUUACGUCAGGGACAAACCACGGUUUAAUCUGUAACAUUGCUUUAUAAUGUGCCACACGUCAGGCCUUUUCUUUUAAAAGCGGGCACAUAUCAAUAUUUCAGGAUUGUUAAUACAAUGAAUGGAGUUACUUUUACGGUCAUGCCUUUAUUGCGACACAUUAUUUAUUUAUCUUGCUGUUUUCCCGUGCAUCAUUUCACGGACCCGCUGCACAAUUUGCAGAGAUAAACUCUCGAGAUAAUCCUUAAAAACUGGGUUGCGGGAAAUCUGUCGAUUUAUUUUUUCAGUGGACAAACACGCACUACACUACAGGCAGGGCAAUGCGGCGGACCCAGGCAUCGCUGAGACCUCUCACAUUGCAGCAUCGCCGGGGUUAAUCUUACAGAAAGGCAGAGGAUCGCGUAUCCAAGACAUUUAUUUAAAAGCAUAUUGAGGUGUAAGCGAAACUGCUUCUAAUGUUACAGCGCUAUAACCGAGUGAGUAAAUCUAUGUUAUAUCUUGGGUCAGAAUAGCAGCUACACUUUGUAAACACGGCGAGUGGAGUGGAAGCGGAGGGGCUCACCAAUUAACUGCACGCUGUUACCACAGUAUACUAACUACAGUACACUACGUGGGUCCUGGUAAAUUGCUUUGUGUGUGUUUUUUCAGGAUCGAGAGAAGUGAUCUUGCUGAGCCUGUCUGGUGCUGACGAGUUGUGGAGGGGGGUGCACUUCUGCAGAAGUUAACAGUCACGAGAUAAUAUUUAUUCUUCAAGCGGGGAGAUGCAAGCCACUAUGCGGAAACGGCAAAACCCCGUGAUGUUGCAACGAUCUGUUUUUCACCAAAGCAGACACGGGUCACGUGAGUCAGAGUCAUCCAGUAAGAAGCCCCAGUUCCACCUGGACCUGUGGUUUUACUUCACUGUGCAGAACUGGCUGCUGGACUUUGGGCGCCCAAUCGUAAUGAUCAUUCUGCCGCUGGAGUGGUUCCCAUUGAACAAGCCCAGUGCUGGCGAUUACUUUCAUAUGACUUACAACGUCAUCACCCCUUUUCUUCUGCUCAAGCUUAUCGAAAGAUCUCCGAAAACGCUGCCGAGGUCGGCGGUCUAUGUCUGCAUAAUAAUGUUUGUGAUGGGAGCUAGCAUUCAUCUGGUGGGGGAUUCUGUCAAUCAUCGUUUGAUUCUGAGUGGAUACCAGCUACAUCUGUCCGUCAGAGAAAAUCCCAUCAUCAAAAACCUUAAGCCAGAGACGCUGAUUGACUCAUUUGAGCUGCUCUAUUACUACGAUGAAAGUUUAGGCCACUCAAUGUGGUACAUUCCGUUUUUCUUGAUACUAUUCCUGUACUUCACUGGGUGCUUCACUCACGCUAAGGAAGGGAAAGCAAUGCCUUUGUCUGCAUGGCUUCUUGUGGGACCAAGUGGCCUCUAUUACUGGUACCUUGUAACGGAGGGUCAGAUUUUCAUCCUGUACAUUUUCACGUUCUUCGCGAUGAUGGCUAUUAUAAUGCACCAGAAGCGCAAAGGCUUCGUCCUGGACAGCAAUGGGCUCUUUCUUUUCUACACCUUCUGCAUCACCCUCGCACUCAUCACAGUCUGGGUGGCUUGUUUGUGGAACGACAAGAUCUUGAGAAAAAAAUACCCGGGGGUUAUAUACGUCCCCGAGCCGUGGGCUUUUUAUACUUUACACGUGAAGGACCAGCAUUAGAACCACGAGCAGUGGCCUCUGUUCUCCAGUACAGCAGACUGGAUAUUUUGCUCACAACCCAGUACAUUAUUUCCUUCUGUGCAAAAGUAUUCUCAGGCUGUGCCAAGGACUGUACUUUUUUGGAUCAGCAAUUCUAGCAAGAGAUAGUUUAACUAGCUGAUGACUAGCAACCCACUCCCUGGUAAGCCUGCACUGUAUUAAAUAUGCAAUUAUUGUAAACUCCAGGAGCCAUGCUGUCUAGAGGAGCUUUUUUCUAGGACAGACUGAAUAAGUGCAAUUUUUUAAAUAUGCUUUAGUGGCUGUACAUUCAACUUCAGCAUCACUGGCUAUUUACAACACAGGUGUCGAUGUGAAGAAAGACAGAAGCUAUGCCCUAGAAUUCAGUAGUUAAAAAGCAGCAGUGUCCAUAUGCUCAUUUAGAAUAUUACGUAAACUAAAACUGAAAGAUAUUUUGUCUGCCUUCAUUAGUCAAAACAAACAGCAGUUUCCCCAUGGGUCCUCCUGGAUAUGUUAUAUAUUUCCUGCUUGAGCCUACAAUGUUAAUUGCGUGGCAGUUUAAUUCACAAUGUGACAGUGCAGCCAGAUUGCUUCAAGGAGGAAGGAAGCUUUGUAAACAAACUGGCAGGCCAACAAUGCCUGGUUUUUGACGAAGGGGUGUUUGCCCAGAAGUCUAACCGGUCGACUAAUGCAUUAAACAUUUAACGUGGGUCAAGCAAAAACAAACAUGGUGUUUUACUUCGGUAAAGUAUUUUCAUGUACUGUAGUGCCAUUUGAUAUUCUUUAGCGUGCCAUUCUCCUUGCUGAUGUCCCUCAUGCGCUGGCACGGCGCACAGGAACAGGAACAUAUAGGACAAAUAACACUGUGUAACAAUUUUUUUUUUUUUUUUUUUGUUCCUGGGUAGUAAGUGUUAUUUCCUAAUUGCUUA